AUGUGAAAGGUAAUAGAGAGAGAAAGGAGAGAGAAAGGGGGAGGGAGCGAGAGAGAGGGAGAGAGAGAGAGGGAUCGGAGAGCGGCGGAGGAAAAGGGAUUUGGGAGGCGAAAGGGUUUUCUCUCUCGAACCUUGUCGCCAUUUUUGUCUCUCCUCGAUCCCUUCAAUUGGAUUCGCCGAUCUUAAGAAGAGGGAGGAGAGGAGAGGGAGGAGAGAGAGAUCUUUGUGUUAAUCCUAAGCGUUGGUGCCUUAGAUCCCAUGGAGGUUAUGUGGAGGCUAUUCGCGGAAUUAGCUAGAGAGAGAGUAGCGAAAACCGUAGAAAGAGGAGAGGAAUCGGCUUUUUGUACAUAAGGGAUUAAUCGAUAGGAGGAGAUUGGAUCUAGUAAUUUUUCUUUUUUUUUUUCGCGAUUUUUUUGGGUUCUCUCAUUUGAUUUUCUAGGGUUUAGGAGGGGGUGUGUAGGAGGCCGAUCGAGGUGCUUUUCAAUUAUCCUACCACUUCGGGAUCUGGAAUGGCUACUGUAGCCAAUGUUACAGUGGGAGCUCAGGUUUGGGUGGAGGAUCCUGAUGUGGCAUGGAUCGAUGGAGAAUUAUUGGAGGUCAAUGGUGAUGAUAUUAAGAUUGAAUGUACUUCUGGGAAAACAGUCACGGCUAAAAUUUCCAGCAUUCAUCCUAAGGAUCCUGAAGCCGCACCAUGUGGGGUUGAUGACAUGACAAAGCUCGCUUAUUUGCACGAACCUGGUGUUCUGCAAAACCUGAGAUCUAGAUAUGAUAUGAAUGAAAUUUAUACUUACACUGGAAAUAUCUUGAUCGCGGUGAAUCCAUUUCGAAGAUUACCUCAUCUCUAUGACAGCCACAUGAUGGCACAAUACAAAGGGGCUGCUUUUGGUGAGCUAAGUCCUCACCCUUUUGCUGUUGCAGAUGCUGCGUAUAGACUGAUGAUAAAUGAAGGAAUAAGUCAAGCUAUUCUUGUAAGUGGAGAAAGUGGAGCAGGUAAAACCGAAAGCACCAAAAUGCUUAUGCGUUAUCUUGCAUACAUGGGAGGGAAAGCUGCUGCCGAGGGCCGCACUGUGGAACAGCAAGUUCUGCAGUCCAAUCCUGUUCUUGAAGCAUUUGGCAAUGCGAAGACUGUCAGAAAUAAUAAUUCUAGCCGCUUUGGCAAAUUUGUUGAGAUUCAGUUCGAUUGUAAGGGAAGGAUUUCGGGUGCGGCAAUCAGAACUUACCUGCUUGAAAGAUCUCGAGUGUGUCAAAUAUCUGAUCCCGAGAGGAAUUAUCAUUGCUUCUACAUGCUGUGUGCUGCUCCACCGGAGGAUAUUGAGAGAUACAAAUUAGGAAAUCCGAGGUCAUUUCAUUAUCUUAACCAAUCGAACUGCUAUGAGCUGGAGGGGGUGGAUGAUUCCAAGGAAUAUCUCGAAACUAGGAGGGCUAUGGAUAUAAUUGGAAUCAGCUCAGAUGAACAGGAUGCAAUUUUUCGGGUUGUGGCUGCUAUUCUCCAUUUAGGAAAUAUUGAAUUCUCAGAUGGGAGUGAAAUUGACUCGUCUAAGCCCAAAGAUGAGAAGUCAUGGUUUCACUUGAAAAUGGCUGCUGAACUCUUCAUGUGUGAUGCGAAGGCACUGGAGGACUCUCUAUGUAAGCGUAUUAUUGUAACUCGUGAUGAGAACAUUAUAAAGACAUUGGAUCCAGAAGCUGCAGCUCUUAAUAGGGAUGCCCUAGCUAAAGUUGUAUAUUCACGUUUGUUUGAUUGGCUUGUGAACAAGAUUAACAACUCUAUUGGUCAAGAUCCUGAUUCGAAGUGCUUAAUUGGAGUGCUUGAUAUUUAUGGAUUUGAAAGUUUCAAGACAAACAGCUUUGAGCAAUUUUGUAUCAAUUUGACAAAUGAAAAGCUGCAGCAACAUUUUAAUCAGCAUGUUUUUAAGAUGGAGCAAGAAGAAUACACAAAAGAAGAAAUUAACUGGAGUUAUAUUGAAUUCAUUGAUAAUCAGGAUGUUCUUGAUCUCCUUGAGAAGAAACCAGGUGGGAUUAUUGCUCUUCUCGAUGAGGCUUGUAUGCUGCCAAGAUCAACACAUGAAACAUUCGCUCAGAAGCUGUACCAGACUUUUAAGAACCACAAACGCUUCAGCAAGCCAAAGUUGUCACUCUCUGACUUUACAAUUUCUCAUUAUGCAGGAGAUGUUACAUAUCAGACGGAGUUGUUCCUUGACAAGAAUAAAGAUUAUGUGGUAGCUGAACAUCAGGCACUCCUGAGUGCUUCUAAAUGUUCCUUUGUUUCAAGCCUAUUUCCACCGCUUUCCGAGGAUGCAUCAAAAUCUUCAAAAUUUUCAUCAAUAGGGUCAAGGUUCAAGCAACAACUUCAAGCUCUCCUAGAAACUUUAAGUGCUACAGAGCCACAUUAUAUUCGUUGUAUUAAACCAAACAAUCUUUUGAAGCCUGCCAUUUUCGAAAACAAGAGCGUUCUUCAGCAGCUUCGUUGUGGGGGAGUUAUGGAGGCAAUUAGGAUUAGCUGUGCUGGGUAUCCAACGAGGAGAUCAUUUUAUGAGUUCAUUGAUCGAUUUGGUAUUCUUGCUCCUGAUGUUUUGCCUGGAAGUUCUGACGAAGUCACUGCUGCUAAGAGAUUGUUAGAGAAGGUUGAUCUUAAAGGCUAUCAGAUUGGAAAGACAAAAGUAUUUCUUCGAGCUGGUCAGAUGGCUGAACUUGAUGCUCGUAGGAAUGAAGUGUUAGGACGAUCUGCUAGCAUAAUUCAAAGGAAAGUUCGGUCAUACUUGGCUCGUAAAAGUUUCAUCUUACUUAGAAAGUCAGCUAAACAAAUCCAGGCUGUGUGCAGAGGACAACUUGCUAGACAAGUUUAUGAAAAUCUACGUAGAGAAGCUGCCUCUGUUAGGAUCCAGAGCUGUUUCCGCAUGCACUUUGCCAGGAAAGCUUACAGAGAGCUGCUAUAUUCAUCGAUUACCAUUCAAGCCGGUUUACGUGGAAUGGCUGCUCGCAAGGAGCUUCAUUUGCGGCAACAAACGAGAGCUGCUGUUAUUAUUCAGAGCCAAUGCCGCCAAUACUUGGCACGUUUACAUUAUUCAAGACUAAAGAAAGCUGCAAUAGCUACCCAAUGUGCUUGGAGAGGAAGGGUCGCUAGAAGAGAGCUACGAAAUCUUAAGAUGGCUGCAAGGGAAACAGGUGCUCUUCAAGCAGCCAAAAACAAGCUUGAAAAGCAAGUUGAGGAGCUUACAUGGAGGCUUCAGCUGGAGAAACGCAUGAGGGCUGAUAUGGAGGAAGCCAAAACACAGGAAAAUGCAAAAUUGCAAACCGCCUUGCAGGAGAUGCAACAACAAUUUAAGGAAACUAAAGAGUUGCUAGUAAAGGAGCGUGAGGCUGCCAAAAAGGCUGCUGACAUUCUUCCAGUUAUUAAAGAGGUUCCUGUUAUUGAUACAGAAAUGAUGAAUAAGCUCAAAGUUGAAAAUGAGACGCUUAAGACGCUGGUGAGUACGCUUGAAAAGAGAGUUGAUGAAACUGAAAAGAAGUUUGAAGAAACGAGCAGAAUCAGUGAGGAGAGGCUGAAAAAGGCAAUGGAGGCUGAAUCAAAGAUAGCCGACUUGAACAGUGCAAUUGGAAGGCUUCAAGAAAAACUAUAUAACAGACAGUCUGAGGAUAAGAUUCUCCGACAGCAGGCCUUUCUUAAUUCACCUGUAAAAAGCAUGUCUGAACAUCUAGCAAUUCCAGUGACUCCCAGAAAACAGAAUUUGGAUAAUGGUCAUCAUGUUGUUGAUGAAGUGGAACCAAAGGAGCCGCAAAGUGCACCUCCCGCAAUUAAGGAUUAUGCAAAUAGUGAUCCUAAAUUGAGGAGAUCGUACAUAGAGAGGCAACAUGAGAAUGUUGACACACUUAUCAAUUGUCUCUCUAAAGAUCUUGGAUUUAGCCAUGGUAAACCAGUGGCUGCUUUUACGAUAUAUAGGUGCCUUCUUCAUUGGAAAUCUUUCGAAGCGGAGAAGACAAGUGUUUUUGACCGUCUUAUUCAGUUGAUUGGCUCUGCAAUUGAGAAUGAGGAGGCCAAUGACAAUCUCGCUUACUGGUUAUCAAAUACAUCUACAUUGCUAUAUUUGCUACAACGAAGUCUUAAGGCUGCCAGUGCAGCCGGGCCUCUUCCACCUCGAAAGCUCCCUCCUUCAACAUCAUUUUUUGGGAGGAUGGCUCAAGGUUUCCGUUCUUCCGCAAACCUUCCUGUAGAUGGAUUGGAUGUGGUGCGCCAAGUGGAGGCCAAGUACCCUGCUUUGCUAUUCAAGCAGCAGGUCACUGCCUAUGUGGAGAAGAUAUUUGGAAUUAUUCGAGACAAUGUAAAAAAGGACUUGUCUUCCUUGAUUUCAGUGUGUAUCCAGGCUCCACGAACGACAAAGGCAGGCAUAUUGAGAGGGUCUGGUGGUUCAUUUGGAAGGCAAUCUCAGAACAGCCAUUGGCAAAGCAUAAUUGAGAGCCUCAAUAAACUCUUAAGUACUUUACAAGAAAAUUAUGUUCCACCAAUUUUAGCUCAGAAGAUUUUCACUCAGAUUUUCUCAUAUAUAAAUGUUCAACUUUUCAACAGUCUACUACUUCGCCGUGAGUGCUGCUCCUUCAGCAAUGGAGAGUAUGUGAAAUCUGGGCUAGCGGAGCUAGAAUUGUGGUGUGCAAAAGCAAAACCUGAAUAUGCUGGGUCAGCAUGGGAUGAGCUUAAGCACAUAAGGCAAGCAGUAGGCUUCUUGGUAAUAUUUCAGAAGUAUAGGAUCUCGUAUGACGAGAUAGUUAAUGACCUAUGCCCGAUCUUGAGCGUGCAACAGCUCUACAGAAUUUGCACACAAUAUUGGGAUGACAAAUACAAUACUCAAAGCGUUUCCAUGGGUGUUCUUUCCAGCAUGAGAGUUCUCAUGACGGAGGAUUCUAAUAACGCUGAUAGCAAUUCAUUCUUAUUAGAUGAUAACUCCAGCAUUCCCUUUUCGGUUGAUGACAUAUCGAGUUCCCUACAAGAAAAGGACUUCUCGGAAGUGAAACCAGCAGAAGAGCUUCUCGCAAACCCCGCCUUCCACUUUUUACAGGAGUAAGGCUGUAGUAUUCUUCACUUGUAAAUUUCAUUUACCGUUCCCAUUGUUCCCAUCUAGUUGGUUGUGUAAAAUUACGGUUUUUAUAUGUUUGGGGUUGGGUCAAAUUUUUAUAGGUAGCUAGUAGUGUUCCGAGGUGGCAACAUUCUUUAUAGGCAGUUGAAUAGUCGUUGAAGGGCUUGUUCUAGAUUUCCAUAGUAAGUCGCCCUUCUUUACAUUGCGUACACAUAUUACAUUACUGUAAAAAGACUAACAGAAACAUUCAUUCAUAGAAUAUUUAUUUAUUUCUUCCAUCGAACAGAAAAUUUUCAAUCUAUUGAAAUGA